GCCGUCGUUGAGGAUGUUCUUGAAGACGGGCUUGAGGGUCUUGAACACCUCCUCGCUCUCGAUGCCGGAGCCCAGCUGGAUGCAGAGCAGGCAGGCCAGGGAGGCGGCCGCUCCCUGCUCCUCCCCCUUACCUGGAAACAGCGUCAUCAAGGGCUCCUGAUAUGACUCCUCUGACUGUGCAGACACAGGACAAACACAGCUGGGGAAAAUUCCGCAGAAUUUCUGCCAGCGAGCGCGCCACCAGCACCCUUACCCUUUUUAAAAUGGAAAGGAUGAAUAUGCCCCCUGUGCCUGGUGGGGCUGUAAUCCAAGCCAGAAGCGUUAAGAGGGGACUUUGAGAGGAAUCUGAGGAAUCAUGAUGUGCCUAUAGACUUGACUGGUCUUUAGUGACGAUUGUUCCUGCUCUCAGUGAGUCCCGUACAGUUUACAGGUGUGGAAAUUCCGCUUGCAGACUUUAACUUGGUGCAUGUUUCGAGCAGGGCUCUUACGCACAGCUGAACUCUGCCUGGGCUGCUGGUUAUCAGCUGUCAGCAGUGAGAGCUGCAAGCCUGCCCAUUCCCCACUUUACCCUAUCUCUCCAGCACACGUGCGUCUGUGUAUGGACUGUGUAAGCCUGGACCAGGGCUGCCCAACCCCGUUCCUGAAGAUUUACCAUCCCGUAGGUUUUCAGUUCAACCCUAAUCUGGCCCACCUGAUUCGACUAAUUAACAGCUCAACAGAGAUCUCUAGCUGUUGAAUGCAGUGCAGGCUGCUCUGUUAGGGUUGGAGUGAAAGCCCACUGGACGGUAGAUCUCCAGGAACAGGGUUGGGCAGCCUAUGCGUAUGACCUGCGUAUGGUUGGAGUAUGUGUAAGCACUAUGUAGAAUUGGGUAUGGGUUUGUCCUGUGUAGCGCUGGAGUAAGUGUAUGUGUUAUGUAGAGUUAGAGUAUGUUCCGUUUCAACUUCAUGGACAAAUGACUGCCUGUAGUCCUCCUUCAGCUCUGCUGGUUUUCAUUAUUACAUGGCAUUUUAAAAAUCAAUAUGAGCUGCUCAUUACACAGUUAAUUCACGUAACCUGCUUACAUGGGUCUGAGGUGGGUGCUAUUAAAGGUGAAAACAGAAACCAGCAUUGCUCGUGUCUCUCCAGGACCAGGGUUGCCCGACCCCUGACUUGGUGUAAGAGAUCAAAAUGUAUUUCAGAAACUUUAAAGUGAUGAUGAGUGUCUGAAUUUAAUUUUAAAAAAUGAUAUGAUGAAUUUCAGUCUACCAAACUAUAAAUGGAAAUUCAACUAGUUACUGUACCUUUCGCAGUUACUGACUGUGUGUGUAUGUGUAGGUGUUAGUGAUCACAUAAUUAACAUAGUUGAGUAUUCAGUACGUGGUUAUUUUAUUAUAUUCAAUAUUAUAAAAAACGUAUCCAGAAGUCAUUGGAAUAAUUUCAGUCAUAAUGUCAAUGGAUGCGACCUGAAGUUUACUCGUUGCCCAUGGCAACCAUCUUCCGCCUGUCAUUUGCGCAGCCCGCGCUCGGUACCAUUGCACGACGCUGGAAGAGGCAGACGGUUGUCGGACAGUUGUUAUUUCUCAUAGACUUGCAAACUAUAUUGGUUUAAAAAUGACUUGCUCACAGAGCCACACGAAUACCUGUGUGCAGUGCCAAUUCCGGUUUAUUUAAAUAGCAUCAUCUGCAAAAUUGACUACAUAACUUUUAGACUUUUCAUGUGGAAAAAUACAAUCUAGAAUUUGCAAAAGAGCCACAGUGGGAUCGAGUGCACGCGCAGGUUUCGAACGUCCGUUUCACGAAGAGCUGUCCAACUUAAUUUUAAGACCCCAGCUGGGAUAUGGGUAGCGCUGCCUCCGUAGCGGAUGCCAAGAAAGAAGAGGUCGAGCCGGUUCCCUGUCGAGCACCUGGGGAUGAUGCCGAAUUUAAAGAUGACAAGAGCAUCGCGCCUGAUAACGUCGAAGAAGAAGAAACAUCCCGGCAAGAACCUACAAGUCACGCAAUUGAAAUUUCGUCCAGUGACGAGAGCAUUACGGAGAUGCAGGACGAGGCAGUUGAAGAAAUCGAGACCAUGUUUAAAAAGACAAUGGCCGAGGCAUCCACAGAAACGGAAGGGCCUUUAGCCUUUGAGAGUUUCCUGCAUAAGAACGGCACUCUGUACAGCUGUUUCAGCCAACACGGAAGCCGCGUGUACGUUGAUGAGACGAACGGUCUUGUCCCGUUUCCAGAUGAGUGGUACAGCGAAGGACGGUUCAUUAAUGCCACAAACGAGCAGGCACUCAGCCAAAACGCGGCUCCCUCCGGCAGCCAGCCCACGCCCGCCGAACCCGCGUUUGCCGAAGACGACCGCGCCAGUGCCGUGUACAUCCAGGGGAAGGGCAUGCUCAUGACCUACAUGUUUGAGGAGAAGGCCAACGUGUGCAGAUACUUUGACGCUCAGUCGGGGCUGUGGCUCCUGCUGCCGCUGCAGUGGGAGAUGAACAUCGACUUCGUCAGAAUCCGAAUUCAGCAAGUCAUGGGCGCCCUGCCGGGGCUGGCCGACCCGACGGAGGUCACCGCGGCCCUCCGGCAGUGCAGCUACGACCCUGACGAGGUCAUCUCCGCCUACCUCUCCAUCUUCGGAGACGCGCUGCUCCAGCCGGGCCAGGGAGAGCAGGGCGGCAGGGAGCUGCAUUCCUUCAGGACUCACCUAGAGAAGGAGCGGGUGAUAGAGGACCUGAGGCAGAGGCUGCUGCUCAAAGAGCAGGAGGUGGAGAGGCUGGUCCAGAGGAACAGCCAGCUGUCCCGUGAGACGCAGAACCUGUCCGACACGCUCCAGCACCUCCACCGCACGGUGGCCGAGCUGGAGGCGGGCCAGCAGGAGGCGCGGGAGAGGGUCCGGGCCCUGCUGGCCCGCCGCCCCGCGCUGCCCCCCCCAGCCCGGCCCGAGCGGCGGCCCGCCGUGGACCCCGCCCGCCUGCAGGCGCUCGCCACCCUGACGCGCGGCCUCAACGUCGCCGGCAAGCAGCUGCGCUCGGCGGCGGGCCGGUGGCUGCAGGACGCGCGCCGCCAGGUCGCCCAGCUGGAGGAGGAGGCGCUGCGGCUGGCCCGGGCCCAGGAGGAGGCGCGCAGGGAGGCGCAGGAGCUCCGCGCGCUGUACAGGAGGGAGGCCCUGGAGAGGAAGGCGCUCUACAACAGGCUGCUGGAGCUGCAGGGGAACAUCCGCGUCUUCUGCCGCUGCCGGGCCAGCACCGCCGCCGCCGCCAGCCCCUGCCUGGAGGUCACCUCCGAGGAGGAAGUGGCCGUCAGCCAGAAGAGCGGCAAGAGGAAGUUCCUCUUCGACAAGGUGUACUCCUCUAGCGCCUCUCAGGAGGCUGUGUUUGAGGGGACCCUGCCAGUCAUAGCCUCCUGCGCAGACGGGUAUAACGUCUGCAUUCUGGCCUACGGGCAGACGGGCUCGGGGAAGACCUACACCAUGAUGGGGCGCAGAGAUAAGCCAGGGGUUAAUGUUCGGUCAGUCAGGGAGCUCCUACGCAUUUGUGAAGAGAGAGAAAAGGUCACCUAUGCCCUGAAGAUCUCCAUGUUAGAAGUUUACAACGACAGCUUGAACGACCUCUUGGCAAAGAGCGCGACGGGUCAUUUGGAGAUCAGGACCCAAGGGAAGUCCGUCAGCGUUCCCGGGCUCACCGCCGUGGAGGUGAAGACGGAGGAGGACAUUUUAAGCGUCAUGGAACUGGGUGAAAAAAACAGAAAGAUCGCCUCGACCAAAAUGAACAUAGAGAGCUCCCGUUCCCACCUCAUCCUCACCCUGCGGGUGGAUGGGACGGACACCGUCUCCGGGGCAACCUCCCGCGGCACCCUCACCCUGUGUGACCUGGCGGGGUCAGAGCGCAUCUCCAAAACUGAGGCCAAGGGGGCCCGGCUGCUGGAGGCCGCCUCCAUCAACAAAUCCCUGACCGCCCUGGGACAGGUGUUCAGCGCUCUGAAAAGCAACGCGCUGCACGUGCCCUUCAGGAACUCCAAGCUCACGCACCUGCUGCAGCCCUGCCUCAGCGGAGACGCCAAGGCCUGCGUGUUCGUGAACGUCAGCCCGGAGCCCAAGGACCUGCCGGAGACGCUCAGCACCCUGCAGUUCGGCUCUUCCGUCCGGCAGGUGGCCCUGGGCCGAGCCGCUCAGCACGCCAUGCCCGCCGCCCCGGGGCACGGCGCCAAGGCUGAGAGAUAACCGCUGCCCCGCUCACCCGCUCCGGGGGCAUGGCAUCCACACCGCUGCCCCGCUCACCCACCCGGACGCAUGGCACACCUCUGCCCCGCUCACCCGCCCGGGGGCAUGGCACACCGCUCGGGUACGAGGGACGUUUGUGUCUUUGUGCUUCUGCCAUUCGGAAGGGGGCCGGUAAGACGGACUCAACCAAACAUGUAAAGAGUGAAUAAUGAUCUCUGUGGGACGCUGCACAUUGGGUGUGGGUGUGGAUUUUUGUUCCUGCGCUGUCUCUGGGAUUUAAAAGGCGCUAAGUGGUCUGAUUAAAGCAGCACUGGAAGCUU